GGUUGACGACAAUGCGAUAGUGAGCUAUGGGGAAGUUCUCUAUCUGUUUGAACACGAUAGCAGGCAUUUUGCGAUCAUCAAGUCUCUCAGCAAGCAAGGACAUAUAUUGCAGGUCAUUGUACCAGUUUGCCGUCUUCUUGGACCAAUUGGCCUAUUUUGGAGAACAGAGCUUGACAAGAAAAGAGCGGGCAAGCUGCAGAAGCACUCUUUAUGGGUAGCCGAGAGCUAUCGAAUCCAGUAUAAAUAGCUUCUAGAUUUGAUUAUGAGCCGAUGUUGGCCUCUGUUCACUUGAUAACAGUGAUUGACUUGUGUGUUGUCUGCCUUUUAGCGUGGCUCAGUGAUCCGCCUCUCCAUAUCCGCUGGUUUUCCUCCGGUGUGCAAGUUUGGAAGUCGAUUGGCUCCGGUAAUCCGCUGUGCUUGGAAAAUUUCUCACGGUAAUCCGCCGGUUGGCUCUGGU